AUUGUGGUGUGCUCCUUUGAGCGAAAUGACUCCUUCACCCUUCAACUGUCGUUUUCACCCCCACCUUUCUUUCAUCCUUGUGCAGAAAAUGCUGAUCAGAGUCUGAUUUAUUAUUAUAUAGUCCUCUAUCCUAGUCUUAUUCCAGUCUCCCUCUUGCUCCGUAAAAUCCGUCUGCUCUACCCCUUGUUCACCUAUUUCACUCGACUCUUGCCACCGCAUCUGUCCUACUCGAGGCGUUAUUCGCCCUCACCUGCGUCCAGGUGA